CCGCUAAUCGGAGUGAUAAAAACUAUGGGUACUGUAAUUAAACCGCUAACGGAGGUACUAACGCCUUUAAUGGCCAUGCUAAUGCACUUCACCUAACGGCGAAACACAGGUUUCACCAUAUUGUACAAAUCGAGGACGGUGAUCUCGUUCAAUAGAUUGUGAAGAUGAGCUAGUAUGAUGUGCCCGCGGUCCGGCUUGAGAUGCUCAAAGAUUGUACUUUGGACAGUGCCUCGCCAACUUUCCAGGCUGCAUUGCGGUCCCCGGCAUCGUGCACUUUCUGUGGUGGGGUUGGUGUCGUUGCGGGUGACGUUUCCGACUUUCACCACAAGACUGCCACCGUGACCACUGUCCAGUCACAGGCACGAUCACACUGUUCUGCAGCAUGGCUGGUGACUACUUUUAGGUUGAACCUUGCGCUGCAGAGUGAGAUCAACAUCCUAACUCGCAACGCUCGUGAUUACGUGGUCAUUGAAACGGAAGAAUUUGGCGAUGUGCUAUUCGUUGCGAUUGGAAGGAACUGAUGUUGGUACAGUCCGGUAAGAAACUCGUGCACCUCGGAGGAUGGAGUAAGAGCGGAUCAUUUAACUGAUGAUAAUUGUAAAAUCAAUGACAAUGGCAGAAGAUAGGAAGUAGGAUUCGCAAGGGCGACGAGUUGGGGCUUGUUCCAGUUCGGUGGUUCGUCCAUUAUCGUGGCUUUCCAAGGCGGUCGCAGUUAAUUCGAUUAAGACUUGCUGGACCCUAAUAGACAGCGGAUCCAAAUUUCAGCAGAAGCUAAUAUGAGCUUGGAUCCCGCGAUCAGUGAGCGUAAUGUACGGCACUUAUGGGUCGCUCCUUCGUCUGAGCAGAAUGUAUCCCAGAGUUUUG